AUGGAGGUAGAAAAAAAAAUUGAGGACAGUGUUGUGAUGCAGAAGCCUAAUUACAUGCUCAUGUCCUUGCAGAGGAUAUUUGUGUUGUUUGUUAUACUUAUUAGUGUUGUUGUUGUUGUUUAUUACACGCCGAUGCCAGAGGAAUAUUUCGAGAACUGCGACCGUGAAUGCCACGAACUGGACUGGCCGAUGAUUUGCCGCAUAAAGCUGGUUAUAGAAGUGUAUAAGACGAAUAGCAAGUCCUGCAACAAUUGCUUGGAGACCGGUAAAGAAUGCCCGCCCAUGUGCAUCACAGCCGAUGGUAGAGAACGAGGGGUUCUAUCCGCUAACAGAGAACUUCCAGCGCCAGCGUUCCACGUCUGUCAGAACGAUAUACUCGUCGUUGACGUGGUCCACCGUGCGCCGGCGCACGCCCUGUCAAUGCACUGGCGCGGUCAACCGCAAAAAGAAACGCCGUUCAUGGACGGAGCGCCGAUGCUAACGCAAUGCCCGCAACCGGCGUACACAACCUUCCAGUACAAAUUCCGCGCCUCGGCGGCGGGCACACAUAUGUACCACGCACAUUCAGCAGCUGACGCAGCCGACGGCCUCGCUGGAGCGUUGAUAGUCCGCCAAUCUCCUAGACUAGACCCUCUCAAGAGUCUAUAUGAUAUAGAUGCUACAGAACACACAAUUUUUAUAGCAGAAUGGGGUCAUUCCAUGGGCCCGCUGGCCGGUAUCACUUCUAAAGUUCCCAACGCGGAAUCGCUGUUGAUAAACGGCAAAGGGAAUACUCUAGAAUCGCCAGAUGCUCCUUUGACGACGUUUAAUGUCGAUUACGGGAAAAAGUACAGAUUCCGUCUCGCGUACGGUGGUGGUAUUAAGAGUUGUUCUGUUAAAUUUUAUAUAGACGAUCACGUAUUGGGCUUGGUCGCGCUCGAUGGGAAUAGAAUUGAUACUGAAUACGUGAACAGCAUCACGCUAGGUCGAGGAGAGCGUGCCGACUUCAUAUUGGAAGCUAAUAGACUUUCCGGUGUUUAUAAUGUUAGGGUUGUAGCUGAUAAGUCAUGUCAGGAGAACUUAGAAGGUGUAGCAAAGCUAGUAUAUAGAAAUAAAGAGCGUAAAGUGUUACACAAAGACGAUUCGACAACUCAUGCUCUAGAGAACAGAGAUUUUACAACAGUGUUUAGUGAAAAGUGCAGUAGCGAAGAGUUAUUGUGCUUAGAUGAGGUACGCGGUGUUCACAGACUAUCAGAAGAAUUGUCCAGUAUACCAGACGAAGUUAUAUAUAUGCCUUUCAAUUACUCGACGCGCCAGAUAUCAGCGAAACGUAUCGAGAGUUGGGGACAGUCAGACGGCCAUCGCUUCACAUACCCUGCGUCACCACUUCUGACCCAGGGCGCUGACGUUGGCAACGAAGCUCUCUGCUCCUCCCAACCUGGUCAUGCUGAAGAGUGUGUGCACCUUAAGAGUAUUCCUCUUGGUUCUACCGUGGAGAUCAUCAUGUUUGAUCAAGGCGGAGAAUCGGAUCACAUCUUCCAUCUGCAUGGCUAUACCUUCUACGUUACCGCUGUGCAGCAAUAUAACAGUAGCUUAGAAAAAGAACGUGUCAUCCAAAUGAACGAGGAAGGCACGCUAUUCCCUAAAAAGAACCUCGAAAGCCCCGUUCUCAAAGACACAAUAGUCAUACCCAAAUUUGGAGUAGUAGCAUUACGAUUCAAGGCAGACAACCCUGGAUAUUGGAUGAUGCGAGAUGAACGAUCAGCUCACUGGACGAGAGGUCUCGAUUUUGUUCUAAAAGUCGGUGACGCUAAGGAUUUUGUCCAGGCUCCGUCAGAUUUUCCUAAAUGCGGUUCCUAUGUUGGCCCUGAAUACUUCUUAAUUUAG